AGAUAUCCGCCCCGCAUUUUUACUACACCAAACAAAUCAUGACUGGUUUUCAUUUUCAGCCGUCACCUUCCUAUCAAAUCAGUGCUCAGAUCCUUUAGCCGGUCAGCCGUCUCCAAUGGCCCAAAUUGCCAACGAGGACCUCAACGCCAACGCCCGCAGAAGACUCGCUUCUGUCGCCCACCACCUCACUCCGCUUCAUUCCACUACUCCCAAUUGCGCUUCGCUUGGGUUCCAUACCACCUCCGCCCCAGACAGCUACCGCCGUGUACACGGUGAGGUCCCCACUCACGACGUUACUUGGAAUCCCGCUUGCGAUGAGUCCGGCAAGGCGUUCACCGACAUUAUCUACGAGAAAGCCGUCGGAGAAGCCAUUGCCAAGAUUACGAUUAACCGGCCAGAGAGAAGAAAUGCCUUCAGACCCAAUACGGUAAAGGAGCUCAUUCGCGCAUUCAAUGAUGCCAGAGAUGAUAGUUCAGUGGGAGUCAUCAUCUUUACUGGGAAGGGGACCAAGGCAUUUUGUAGUGGUGGGGAUCAAGCAUUUAGAGGCAGAGACGGCUAUGCUGAUCAUGAUGAUUUUGGUCGCCUCAAUGUUCUAGAUUUACAGAUGCAGAUUCGGCGUCUUCCAAAACCCGUCAUUGCAAUGGUAGCAGGUUAUGCCGUUGGAGGGGGACAUGUGUUGCACAUGGUCUGUGAUCUCACAAUUGCUGCAGAUAAUGCCAUUUUUGGUCAGACUGGUCCUAAGGUUGGAAGCUUUGAUGCUGGGUAUGGAAGUUCCAUCAUGUCCCGUUUGAUUGGGCCUAAGAAAGCACGUGAAAUGUGGUUUACGGCAAGGUUCUACACAGCUUCAGAGGCAGAGAAAAUGGGUCUUGUCAAUAUUGUUGUACCAUUGGAGAAUUUAGAAAAAGAGACAGUUAAAUGGUGUAGGGAGAUUCUCAGGAACAGCCCAACUGCAAUCCGGGUGCUGAAAUCAGCUCUUAAUGCAGUUGAUGAUGGUCAUGCUGGACUCCAGGAGCUUGGUGGAAAUGCUACCUUCAUAUUUUAUGGCACCGAGGAAGGUAAUGAGGGGAAGACAGCAUACUUGGAACGACGGCCCCCAGACUUCUCAAAAUUUCCCCGACGACCUUGAUGUUUAGUUCCUUGUGCUUUAACCAACAUUAUUGUGCCAUUAGUGAGCUUGUCCAACAAUCCCCUGAAGUCCAUGGCUCAAAUGAGCUUGUCCAACAUUAUUGUACCUUUAGUUUUAUUUGCAUCUCAUGGAGUGAUUUAACCAUAAACCUCGGAUGCAGUAAAGGAACCAAUAAAGCCUCAUGCAGUAAACUAUGGCUCUGUUGUAGAACUGUUGUUUCAUCCCCUCAUAUAUGAACGAAACAGGAGAUAGUUAAGUGAUAAUAAGUUGUUCA